AUGGCGCUACCGGGCUCCAUACCCACUCUGCAGGCUCACAACACCGGCAAUUACACCAGGGUUGACAACCUCUUCUGCACCGACACACUCCUCGAUCACAUCAUCUUCUGUAAUACAGUCCCCUCCAAGCGACCUAUACUCACGGACCACUUUCCUAUACACACAACCUUCGACAUACAGCUCCCAACAGUAGAUGAACGCGAACGAUGGAAUUGGGCAAAGGUCGACUGGGAGGAGUUCGCAGAACGACUAGAAGAGGUACUGGGAGAACUAGAGCCACCAAGGGAAAUUGAGACGGAGGAAACAUUUUGGAAUGCAUUGGGGAAUUUCGAUACAGCCGUACAACGGGUCAUCAAAGAGGUGGUCCCAAAGGCGAAACCGAGCCCACACCAACGCCGAUGGUGGAAACCCACCCUUACGGAAUUGAAGAAA